AUGUUAAUAAUCUAUCAACCUUUAUCCGAGGAGAUCAAUGAAAUAAGAAAAGCAAGAAAAAAGGCACUUAAAAAAAAGUUGGCAAAAACUUUUUUACCAAAAUCAAACUCUUUGUCAUUACCAGACAACCUUGAGAAUUCCAUGAACGAUUAUUCAGCUCAAAGCUUGAUCUCGACAAUGGAGGCUCCACCUCUCGACAUUUCUCGUGUCAUGCUGGACGAAAUAAAAUUGGUGGCAAGAUAUGCUGAACCCGAAGUACUUUCAGAUGAACAAAAUCAAUGGAAAUACCAAAUCCGAAGCGGAGCCAAAGAUCCAAAGAAGAACUUUGCCAAGAUUAGCCAUCUUAGUGAUGAUGAGAGUGAACACGAAAACAUCAAGAAAGAAGUACUGAGCUUGAAACAAAAAUUUGAUCAGACGGAAGAAAAAUACCUGAAUUAUAGUGGAAGUAACAAGAGACGUGUGGUUUGGGCAGGCAUCGGUGCAGGUGUUGCAGCGGUUAAACAGUAUGGGUAUUGGUGUGUCCAACAUAGCAAGCAGUAUCGGGAAUCUGACUAA